CCGCUCUUAUCCAACGUUAUAUUUUUAAGAGAUUAUUCUCGAUCUUUUUACUCCCGAAACGCCCGAAACUAUCGUUGGCAGGCGGCGUAAAGCUGCAUUUAAAAACAUUUUAUUUCAUUCCAUUUUUUAAAAAAUGUUUAAACUACUCACACCAGUCUUUUUGGCCCUUCUUUUUGCCCUGCAUGUUCAUGGCAAAGGCAGUGUAUCUCUUGAUUCCUAUACAUUUGAUAAGGUAAUUUCAAAGUUCAAAGCCACCCUGGUGAAGUUCGACAUAGCCUACCCGUAUGGUGCCAAGCACGACGAGUUCCUUAAAGUGGCUGAGGCUUCCCACCUCCAAUUAGACCUGCUAAUUGCAGACGUUGGAGUGAAAGACUAUGGAGACAACGAGAAUGCAGACCUCGCCAAGAAGUUUGAAGUGAAAAAAGAGGACUACCCUGCGGUAAAGUUGUUCGUUCAGGGCAAGGACGCUCCGAUCGACUUCAAAGGCAAAGACUUCAACGCGGACGAACUGAAGAAAUUCAUCAGGUCGAAUUCGGGAGUAUACAUUGGACUGCCAGGCUGCUUGGAGAAAUUCGAUACGAUAGCCAUGAAGUUUGCGAGUGCCGAUGUGGCGCAGCGGAAGGUGUUGCUGCGAGAGGCGGAAGACCUGUGGGACCAAGCCACCGGCAAAAGCGAGCAAAAAGCAGCGGAAACUUAUGUGAAGACAAUGAGGAGGGUGAUCGAGAAGGGGGAAGAAUUUGUCGCCAAUGAGGUCAAGCGGGUGCAAAAUCUGCUCGAAAGCAAGAUUAGCAAGGAGAAGAAAGAGGAAAUUUCUGUGCGACUGAACAUUCUGAAUUCAUUCCAAAAAGAUGAGUUGUAGAUUUUUCCAUGGGUAUAAGCAAGAAUUCAAAAUGCUUUAUCCUGGACACUGGUCAAAGUGGUCUCUUUGUGUAAAACGGUGAUAUAUUUCCAGCAUUCGAACACAAAAAUGUUAAAUUUAAUAUUUUGUUUGUACAUGGUUAUAUUAAAUUAUGGUGCUGUGGAGAACGCAGUUGUUUCCUA